AUGAUCCGAGUGCCGGUAGAAGUGGUCAAGCAACGAUGCCAAGCGACGACGAUUUCUUCUUCGAGCGAAAAUUUUAAAUUAAUUUUCGCGAAAGAAGGAAUUCCCGGAUUUUACAGAGGCUUUGCGGCGACGAUUUGCCGAGAAGUGCCGUUUUCGAUUAUUCAAUUUCCGAUUUGGGAAGCGCUGAAAAGUUUUUAUCAGAAAAAAGCGAAAAUUGAACGAGAUCUGGGUUUCUUUGAAUCUGGCUUUUGCGGUGCCAUUUCAGGGGCUAUUGCUGCUUCUACUACGACACCAUUAGAUGUGGCAAAAACACGAAUAAUGCUGGACCAAACGAACGGAUCUUAUAAUAUUCCGGCAAUUCUUUCGUCUGUUUACAAAAACGAAGGCUUUGGAGCCCUUUUCGCUGGAGUUUAUCCCCGAACUUUCUGGAUCACUUUGGGCGGCUUUAUUUAUUUGGGCACACUUGAAAAAGUGAAAAAUAUUUUGCAGAAAUGUUGA